AUCGUUGCUAUUCAUGGCAUCGGAGCACAUCCAGACGACACCUGGUGCAAGCUUCGCAGAGCCGACCUCGACGUAACCAGACCUGAGAACUAUGUCAACUGGCUGCACGAUAAUGAUAUGCUUCCUUCGAGAAUUCCGAAUGCACGAAUCAUGCGCUAUGGAUACCGGUCCGCCUGGCACGGAGCCGAAGUCACGGAGCAAGGAACAUCGUCAGUUGCACCACGAGUCAUAAAAACGAAAACAUCGCAAAGAUGUCAAAAGCGACCCCUUAUUAUCGUCGCCCACUGUUUCGGUGGACUGGUCGUUCUGAAGGUCAGGAUUACUAAUCCUGCCUUGAGCAAGUAUGACCAGGGUCAUGUACAACCUGAGGUUUUGAAGAUCCUUGAUCCAGGCAACGAGCUGCUUCACAUUUUGGUGGACAAGUUUGGAGAGAUCAGGUCCAAGCCGAACAAAGCGCAUGUCGCAUGCUUCUACGAGACAAUGCCUUGCGAUAUUGGAAGGAUCAUAGGUCAAGCAGGCAAAAAUGUAAGCAUCGAGCUAGUCAAUAGUUUCUGCUCAGAGGAGCUGUAG